CUGCGAAUUGCACACACGGCCUUUUGUCUUGGGGCUGCCACACAGUCCACAAGCUUCACAAGUCGUUUAUUGUCUCCCGCAAUCAACAUCACCAAUUAAUAAACCAAAACAGAUACCCAACAAGAUACUCUCAAACCCAAAUCCACAGCCAUCAUGUCGCCAGGCAAGCUCAAGAAGCCAUUGCUGGCUCUCAACCGCAUCAUCGGCCAUUCCUCGGCCAAGAACCACAUGAGCAAACCCAAGAUCGGCGACAUCGACCAGCUCGACGACGAGCGCGCAAAGAAGAACAUCCAGAAGAUCCAGGAGAAGCGCGCAAAGGAAUACCAACUCGAGGAAGAAAAGAAAUUGAUGAUUCAAAAACGCAGCGAGGAAGAGAAGAGGUGGCACGAAGCCGACGGCCCCGAGAUCGCUCGACGAUACGGAACACAAGAAGAGGAAGCCCUCGCUCCCGCAAAGUCCCUUCAAGUCCUCGUUAACGACUACCAGAACAUUGGCAAGACCGUUAGCUUCCGAGCCCGCGUCCACCACGUCCGCGCACUUAGCUCCAAACUCGCAUUCGUCGUCUUCCGCGACCAGAUCGAGACGGUCCAGGGCGUCCUAUCCGUCAGAGAUGGCGUCGUCUCGGAGAACUUUGUUCGCUGGGCCGAGCACAUCACGGCCGAGAGUUUUGUACACGUCGAGGGAAAGCUACAGCAACCUCCUGAGGAGAUCAAGGGGUGCACAAUCCACAAUGUCGAGGUUUUGAUCGACACCAUGCACCUCGUCGUCCCUAUUGACGAGCAUCUCCCUGUCGACGUCCACUCGAUUGACCAUGUCGAGGUGGACAGCGAGACACAUCAGCUGGAGUCCCUGGCCUCGACCAGAGUCCGUGUCUCUAACCGCAUUGCCUUCCUCCGUACACCCACCGCUCAGUCCAUCUUCCGCAUCAAUGCCGGUAUUUGCAGCAUCUUCCGUCGAUACCUCGAAGACAAGGGCUUCAUGGAGAUCCACACUCCCAAGUUGCAGCCCGCUGCGACCGAGUCGGGUGCUGAGGUCUUCAAGGUGAACUACUUUGGCAGGACUGCCUUCCUCGCCCAAAGCCCCCAGUUGGCCAAGCAGAUGAGCAUUUCGGCCGACUUUGGCCGUGUCUUCGAAAUUGGCCCCGUCUUCCGUGCUGAGGACAGCAAUACCCAUCGUCACUUGACCGAGUACACCGGUAUGGAUCUGGAGAUGGCCAUCGAGCAGGACUACCACGAGGCCAUGCACAUUAUCGACGGCUUGAUGAAGGAGAUCUUCAAGGGUAUCUACGGCAAGUACCGCAAGGAGAUCGAGAUCAUCAAGACCCGCUUUCCUCAUGAAGAUCUGGUCUGGCUACCAGAGACCCCCAUCAUUCCCUUCAAGGAUGCCAUCAAGCUCCUCAACGAUUCCGGCUGGACCGACGAUCACGGUAGACCCGCUUUGGAGACUGAGGAUCUGAGCACCCGUGCCGAGAUUCAGUUGGGCCAGGUCAUCAAGGAAAAGUACAAGACGGAUUACUACAUCAUCGACAAGUUCCCGUCCUCUGUUCGUCCUUUCUACACUCAUCUUGAUCCCGAGGAUGACCGCUUCACCAACUCCUUCGACAUCUUCCUUCGUGGACAGGAGAUCACCACUGGUGGUCAGCGUAUCCACAGGCCUCACCUUUUGGAGGAGCGCAUGAAGAAGGCCGGUAUCGAGCCUCUUGGCAUGCAGGAAUACCUUCAAGGCUUUGAGUAUGGUGUCCUGCCCCAUGCCGGCUGCGGUAUUGGCCUCGAGCGUAUCGUGUUCCUCCUCCUCAACUUGGGCGACAUCCGUAACGCUUCUCUCAUUCCUCGCGACCCCAAGUCCCUCCCCGAACACAAGGAACUCGUUGGCAAGCUCCCCCACCCCGAAGCCGACACCAUCAAGUAUGCCUACGAUUACGACCAUGGCGCGACUGGACUUGAGCUCCCCCCCGUCGAGAAACUCAUUGUCAACUACGGUGAUGCCACCAACACCUCCUGGCUCGACGAGCGGUACCACGUCUGGCGCCAUGAGCAGACGGGUGCUGCCAUUGGUUACGCCGAGGACAACGGUUACGCCCUUGUCAUGGGUAACCCGCUCUGCGACCCUCGCCAAUACCAGCUCGUCAUCCGCGCCUUCCUUCAAGAUAUGCGCCACACCAAGGACCUCCGUCCUCUCUGGCUCUUGGUGGGUCCCGAAGUCGAGGAGAUUCUCGGCUCCAAGCUCGGGUGGCGUUCGCUCUCUUGCGUCGCCGAAGAGCGCGUGUCUGUCGACUCGGCCAAGAAGGUGGCCAAGAAGGAGCGUCAAGCCGAAGAAGCUGGUGUGUCCAUCCACGAGGUGCCCAUCGGUGAGCCCGUGCCCGAACACAUCCGCGAAAAGUGCGACAAGCGCAUCCAGGACUGGAAGGACAACCGCAAGGGCAAGAAGCAGGUGCACAUCACCGAAGUCCGCCCGUGGGUCGACAUGGAGCACCGUCGCUACCUUUGGGCCGAGGACAAGAACGGCGAGAUUGUCGCCAUGUGCGUGCUCGCCCGUCUUUCUCCCGCAAACGGGUAUCAGAUCAAGUUCGCCUUAGACUUCCCCGGUUCUCCCAACGGAACCAUCGAGGCCCUGAUCUCGGCGGCGAUCCAGAUGCUGGCCAAGUCCGGUGUCAGGAACGUGACGUUCGGCGCGGGCGCCUUGCCGGAGAUGGUCACUGGCGGCCAUCUCAACGGAAUGAGAGCCAAGAUGUUGAGCCAUACCUACAAGACUAUUUGCCAGCAAUUGAAGUUGGUGAACAAGUCCGAGUUCCGCGAGAAGUUUGGCGCGAGGAACGACUUGGUGUACAUCUGCUACCCCUUUAUGGGUCUGGGUGUCUCGGGUGUGAGGACACUUAUCAAGUUCUUUGAGGAUGAGAUGUAA